UUUAAAAAAUCUAGCGGCGUUGCAAUAAUUAUAUACAUAUUGUGUAGCCUGUGAUGUAUAAAUAUACCAUCAAAGGUUGAUAAGGCCAUUCAAAUAACCAAAAGAUUAUAAACUUUCACAACAUUCGUCAAUAUGUCUUCCAACACCGCUAACUCAAACACUCUGACUGAUAUGAAGGAGGCAGCCACCAGCGCCAUGAACACCGUGAGUGAUACCGUUAGUCAAGCCGUGUACGGCGAGAAGUCCACCAGUCAAAAGACCGCCGAUUCUGUUGAUCGUGCAGGAGACACCGCCGGUCACAAGGCCGAGAAAGCCAGCAAUACCGCUAACAGCGUUAUGAACGAUAUGAAGAACUAGAAACUGAUUUAAGUGAAGAAAAAAAACAUCGCUCAAUCUAGC